AUGUCAGUCCGCCAACUGCGUUUGGCGUUGCAAAAGCCCAUAUGGCGAGCCACAGCACCUCUGAGAACGUGCGGUCGCGGGUUGAGGGCACUCGCAACAGUGGCCGGUAGCGCGCAGAACCAUAAACCUUCAAAUUAUGGCCAACCGCUAUUCCCAUCUCACCCCCACCUCCUGAAACCGCACGAACUGACACCUGGUAUACCUGCUGAUGAGUAUGAAUGUCGGCGGAGGACCCUCAUGGAUAGCCUUCCGAGCGAUUCUCUUGUCGUAUUGGUAGCAGCCCCCAUCAAAUAUAUGAGCGGAACCCCUGAACCUCAGAGUAGCUAUAAAUUCCGUCAGGCCUCUGACUUUUGGUAUUUAACGGGUUUCGAGGAACCCGACGCGGCUGUCAUACUUGAGAAGACAUCCAAUUCUCGUGGAUAUCGGAUGACGCUAUUUUCCAGCGGAAAGGAUUCUGCGAAGGAAAAAUGGGAGGGUGCUAGGACAAGUUUCGAAGAUGUUGUUUCCAUCUUCAGGGCUGACGAUGCGUUGCCCAUUCACGUAUUUCCUGCUCGGCUUAAAUCUCUUGCAGGCAUUUAUUCCAAUAUCUACAUUGAUUCACCCAACGCGUCCACCAAACGGCCUCCACGGACAGCAAAGUCCUUGCUGAGAUACCUAAGGCAACCUUUGGCUCCUUUGAUAGCGAAGUUGCGGUCUAUUAAGAGCAAGCGUGAACAACAGGUCAUGCGCGCCGCUGCAGACAUUAGUGGCCAUGCGUUCGCAAAGACCAUGCGGUUCACUCAGCCAGGUACAUCAGAGAGUGCGAUUGCAGCUCAUUUCGAAUAUCUUUGUAGCCUCUCUGGGUCUCAACGCUUAGCUUAUGUACCCGUCGUUGCAUCCGGACCUAACGCACUCAUAAUACAUUACACGUCGAACAACCAAGUUAUCCAGGAUGGCGAGCUGAUUCUAGUGGAUGCUGGGUGCGAAUACAAUGGUUAUGCUUCAGAUAUAACACGUACAUAUCCAGCCUCGGGAAGUUUUACAUCAGCACAACAUGAUCUUUACACUGCUGUCCUUACUGCUCAAAAAGCUCUUAUUGGCCAAUGCACCGAAACUGCAUCCUUCACCUUACACGAACUCCACCGACGCUCAUGCGAUUUUCUCCGAGUCGAACUCAACCAGCUCGGUUUUCGGCUACACGCGGGCGAAGUGGAGCGAGUCCUUUACCCCCAUUUCUUGAGCCACCCUAUUGGCAUAGAUUUGCACGAAUCGUCGAAUUUUGAUCGGGGAGAACUAUUAAAGGCGGGGAUGGUUAUUACCAUAGAACCAGGUAUUUAUGUACCGCCCCUGCCUCAAUUCCCCAAAAAUUUCCAUAAUAUGGGAAUUCGAAUUGAAGAUGAGGUUUUAGUAGGCAAGGAACAUCCCAUGAUCCUUAGUGUUGCAGCGCCAAAAGAGGUUGCAGACGUGGAAGGAGCAUGUCAAGGACUACUGGGUCUCCAACCACUUUAAUAUGUUCCGUACCAAAAGGAUGUACCAAUCUCGAUUAUACCUUGAGCAUCUAGUGCUCUUCCUGGCCUUCGGAAGCAUCCAUGGCCCGCAAAACUUGCUCCCUCCUUAACCACUUCUCUUCAGGAAUAAAGUACCAGCUAAGAACCGCAAAGAUGGUGAUCGCAAUGAAGAUAACAAUUGCCUAUGCAAUCUGAUCAGAGAUGCGCUUCAACGGUUGAGGCACCAUAACUCACGAAGUUGAAAGUAUUGGCCGUAACAGGGAAGUAGAAUGGUGAUAUAUCCACCUAAGAUGAUGCUAUGUUAGUUAAAAGAAUAAUUUCACUAGUGCGGAC